GGAAGUGCCGCAGGGUAUCGUUCGGCUCUGUUCUGCAGUGCUGCGUAUGUGACAACCCGUGUUUUUAAUCAGCUAAUCAGAAGAAACAGUCUUUAUUGUGUUUUUUUAACUACAUAUACAACGAUACAAAAUGGCCACUGAUUCAGGCUACGGUCAGCAUGGUGGCUCAGAAAGCUAUGGAUCAUAUGGCGGUCAGCAAGGUGGACAGGGUUAUGGACAAGGAAAUGGCAGUGGCUCUUAUGGGGGACAGAGUUAUAGUGGCUAUGGACAGCAAGGUGCAUCACAAGAUAGUUACAGCCAGUCCCAGCCACAGAGCUAUGAUAGUUUCGGGCAAGAUUCAUCUGGGUAUGCCGACAAGUCAUCGUCUUAUGGACAACAGAGUUCUUAUGGCCAGCAUGGUUUCUAUGGCAGCCAGGGACAAGGGGGGGACAGCUAUGGACAGCAAAGCACCUAUGGUGGCCAGGGGCAGGGCAGUGGAUACGGUGGUCAGGGGCAAGGAGGUGGCAGCUAUGGAAGAUGGAGUGAAGGUGAAGGUGGUGGUCAGGGUGGGAGGUUUGGACGUGACCAUGGUGAUCGUUCAGAAGGAGGUGGCUACAGAGGCCGUGGUGGCUAUGACCGUGGAGGUUAUGACCGCGGUGGAUUCGACCGUGGUGGAAGAGGUGGACCUCCUGGUAUGGGAGGUGGUGACCGUGGUGGCUACAAAAAUUACGGUGGCUCUCAAGACUUCGGCUCAAGGGAUGAACAAGGUGGAGAGCAGGACAACUCUGACAACAACACCAUUUUUGUACAGGGACUAGGAGAGGAUGUCACAGUUCAGGAAGUUGGUGACUUCUUCAAACAAAUUGGUAUCAUCAAGGUGAACAAGAAGACUGGCCUGCCAAUGAUCAACAUUUACUCUGACAAGGCCACUGGUCGGCCAAAGGGGGAAGCCACAGUGUCAUUUGAUGACCCACCCUCUGCCAAAGCUGCUAUUGAUUGGUUUGAUGGCAAGGAAUUCAACGGCAAACCUAUCAAGGUAUCAUUUGCCACCCGCAGAGCUGAGUUCACGCAGAGAGGGGGUGGAAGAGGGGGUGGAAGAGGAGGAGGAGGAGGAGGUUUCAGAGGUCGUGGUGGUGGUGGUGGUGGAGGACCCAACUUUGAUGUGAAGGGGGGAGACUGGCCUUGUCCCAACAGCUCCUGUGGCAACAUGAAUUUUGCACGGCGACAGGAGUGUAACAAGUGUGGCGCACCUAAACCAGGAGAUGGAGGAUUUGGAGGUGGAGAUCACGGGGGCAGAGGAAGUUAUGGUGGCGACCGAGGCGGUGGCUUCAGAGGCCGUGGAGGGGGAGGGUUCCGUGGGGGAGACCGUGGCGGCUAUGGAGGAGGUGGUGGAGGAUUCAGAGGUGGCUUCAAGAUGGGUGGAAGAGGUGACCGCAGAGAUGACAGAAGAGACCGGCCUUACUAAGCGUGGUGCGGAUGGAAACCAUUCCAGCCCUUGAUGUCGCUGUGGAGAGAGGUUUUAGCGUGGGAAGGGGAUAGAUCAGGCACUCUGUGUACCUUUUUGUAGCCUGGGCAUCCAAACUAUUACAGUUGAGCUAUGAGGGGAGGAUGUGUGAGCUAAUGUGAAUGACUUUGGACUGAUGGGCACUGCUGGUAUGUGAUCCGUUGUUUUUUUUGUUUUGUUUUUUGUUUAGUUCUUAUUUUUCUUUAAUUUCUUUGUACAUCUUUAUUUUCUUAUUCUAGUUGCAGAUGUUUUGUGAGGUAGACCGCACCAUUUUUUAUGAGCUGAUGAAAUGUUUUACUUGGCUUCUGUUUUUUUUUUCCAAAAUGAUAUUAAAAACUGAUUCUUUCUCCGUG